UCGGGCGGGGGCGGGGGCGGUCGGGCGCCCCGCCCACCCCCGUGACACGAGUGCCACCUGGCGACGCGACACCGAACCAGUAUUGUUUACUGUAUUCAGCCGUUAUACAUUGACCCAAGUGCUUGAUGAUCGCCGGCCAUUUGCUCGUCUAACGAGGCGACUGUCGAGUAUUAGCGAGUGAAUUGUGGAUCGUUCAUUGUGAUGUGAGAAAGAGGCGGAAUUGUGGGUGGACUUACAUAAGAGUGCGACUUGACUGUGACUCGCGAAGAGGAAGAAGGGGGAUUGAUCUGGCGCCUGGCAGCAGGCAUUUUCGGAUGGGGGGUCAAAAUGGCCAAGUGUUCUUCGCGUUCCUCUGACGUGACAGUGAGCGAGUUGUUCUUCGGCGGCAGAGAUUGAUUUUCCUCUGAUACUUUCGGGGGACGCCAGUGAGGAGUUGGAAAGCCGAAUGUAUUGAGGUCCAAGAUGGCAGAAGGUUUACUUGCAUUAACAUGGAACAACCACAGCUCUACAUUUUGCAAGACAAUUUCUUCUUUGAGAGCAAAGGAGAGAUAUACAGAUGUUACCAUCACUUGUGAGGGAAAAUUUUACCAAGUGCACAAAUUUGUACUUGCUACUUGUAGUGAGUACUUUGAAAAGAUAUUUCAGGAAACACCUUGCAAGCACCCUGUGAUUGUGUUGAGGGAUGUCAGCUGUGAUGAACUUGAAGCCUUGCUUAAUUAUAUGUACAUUGGGUCAGUCAGUGUAGCCCAGAGUGAUCUAGCGCGCUUGAUUAAAGUUGCGGAACUCUUCCAAAUCAAAGGUCUGGCAGUCCCAGAUGACCCUCCUAGGUGUAGUGAUGUUGAUUCGCAGGGAACAAACAGUGAGAGUAGAGACGGAUUUGAGGGUUAUUACAAGGGUAGAGGGCGUGACACCACUGGGAGUAGUCCACGGAGAAAAGAAAAACAUGUUCGUAGUGACGAUGAAGAGACAAUAGCAGGUCCCCGGUCGAAACGUGCCAGGAACCUUGAGAAUUCCUCAGGAUUGCCAGAUAGAAUCGAUAACCAGACUGAAUCCUCCUCAGCUGAGCAGGUCUUGCCUUUUGAUGUGUGUGUCAAGCAAGAAAUACAAGAGGUUGAUUCAGGUUCAGAAGGGCAGGAUUCAAGAGUUGAAGCUCCUUAUAUACCCAAAAGUGAAGCUCCUGACUUAGAUGAAGAUGAUGAGUCUCUUGUUGAGGACGCUUCCCAAUUAGGACCCCCGUACUUAACCAGUAGUGGUAGUCAAGAUAUUCCACCAGAUGAACAGUCACUAUCGCAGCAUGGUCAGGAACAGCAUUCUUUUCCAGACGAACUUCUUGCCUUACCAGGACCUUCAGAUGCCCAAGAGUGGUAUUCUGAAGGUGAUACUUCCAGUGGGCUUCCUGUUGGAAAGGGAAGCAUUGGAAACCAAAAUCAAGAGAUGCUUCCUAUGGAAGCAUCACAACAGCAGCAGUCUCAAAGGCUGGUUGAUUUCCAUGAGCCCCUGAAGCAAAACACCAUGAAGAUGCACAAUUGCGCAUACUGUCCUUUCAGCACUCAAAACAAGACCAACAUGGACAACCAUCUGUUAGUGCACACAGGAGAAAAGCCUUUCAGUUGUGAAAUAUGCGCAGCUCCCUUUUCACGGAAAGACAACCUCAAGACCCACAUGAGAAUACACACUGGAGAAAAGCCAUUUUGCUGUCUCAGAUGUCCAUAUCGAUCAUCUACAAAACAAAACCUUCAAUCUCAUAUGAUGAGAAUACAUAAAGAAGGAUCAGUUUCAUAUACUAAUGAGAAUACAUUGUGAAGGAUCUCGUGUACACCAUACAAGAAGUGAUUCCUAUCUGUUGAGACAAUACCAUGAAAAGGAUAUUUAUUGUAGUAACUGUACAAGUGCAUUAGAUUUACUACUCACUUAGUGGUUAUUAAAACACUACUUUUAUUUUCUGUAACACUGCUGUUCAUAUGAAGAGAACCUCAUUUUUAUCUGCUCACUCCAAACCCAAGAAUCAUAUAUGACCACCUUCCUUAAAUUGGAAUCCCAGUCUCAAAUGCUUGUACCAUUCGAUAUAAAAAAAAUUUUCACUCCACAACCCACCGACUUCCUAUUACUCCUUAACAACUCCUCAAUCUUUCAUUCAACUCUCGUGUCAACAUCUUCGCAAAGUUGCUCUUCUAGGGAAUAGCUCCAGUGAUUUUUAAAUUUAGGGUUCUAUUUUCUAUUUUUCAUUUUUUUUUCAAUAAUCAUUUCUUUCUUUGUGAGAAUUUUGGCUUGUCUUGAGUUAUUGUAUGUACUUUAAAUUUUUGUGUGGUUUGUAUGGGAAGUAACAUGACAAAUUUUUUUUAUCUGAAUUUGUUAUUCUGUGUGUGUGUAUGAUUUAUUAAUAUUUUAUUUGCUGAGUUUAUUUAUCAAUAAAUUUGUAAAGAUAGGUCUGUUGAUCAGUAGGUACCGUUUAGAGCAAAGAUCCUAUGGGCAACAUAAGAUCAUCAGUAGAUGCCAGUUUUGACUCAUCAGCUUCUCGCAUUCUCUUCAUGGAUAUUUCUCCUGAACCUCUUGUCAGGGAUUAGGUAUUUUCUGAUGCUGCAGUGUUUCCCCUACCACCUCCUCCUCCUCCUACAGUCUUUAAGUCAUGUCAAUGAAACCAAAAUGUACAAGUCUGGGAAUUUCUCCUGGUUAACCCCCGGGACAAUAUCCUAUCUACCUCUGUUGCUCCUGCAGUCGCCUGUCUCUCUGCCUUGUCUCUUAGGUCUACCUUGCUAAAGUUGGCAGACUACUUUUUUUCUGAUUGUUUAAAAAAAUUGUUUCCUCUGAAGCAGUGAGCUAUCAACAGUCAGAUUGGCCAAUAAAUGGCUCUUGGUUAAUGAGUUACAUGUUGCUGCUUUUCCACGUGAUGCUCCAUCUGUUGGUUCAAAUGUUGGUGUGUUAUCUGGUCAUGAAGAUUUUUGCUAGGCAGAGGAGUACAAUAGCCAAGGUUCAUCCUGGAGGUUCAAGUGUGAUGUCUGAUACACACUGAAGGAAUUGUCAUAUCUUUCUGUCCAUGUUCACUCCAUUUAGAUGUCUUGAAAGUAAUAUAACAAGUAUAAGCACUCCAUGUUUGUACCAGUUUUCUUUCUUUGGCUUCCAUAGUUAGGGCUAUGGACACAAUAUUGAGAUAGUCUGAACAUCUACGCCUUCCCUUAUCAGCUUAUCCUAUGCAUAGAGUUAAAAAAAUAAUAAAUUUUGCUUUUGCAAGU